GUCUCCAAGCUACACAAUAUUCUAGAUGAAAGGUUAAUCCUCAGAAAUUAGUGACCAGUAAUCUCGGAGAUAAUGCCGAGUUGUGUUAGCUACAGAUGGAUUGUCGUUUUGGCAGCUAUGACCGUUCGCGCCAUUGUAUAUGGCAUCACGUACACAUCAGGGAUUGUCUACGUCAUAGUCUUGCGAAAGUUCCAGACGGGUAAAGCGGAAACAUCAUGGAUAUCUUCCAUAGUUACAACAGUAAUGUUUGCAUCAGGUCUUCCAAGCGGACGGUUGUUGAAAACCUUUGGGUGGCGGAUCAUUGCAAUAAGCGGAGGACUAAUUGCAGGAGUUGGACUGUUUCUCAGCUCAUUAUCUACACAGCUUACAUAUCUAAUUUUGUCAUAUGGUUUUGUUACAGGUUUUGGGUGUGGAAUGGCAUACAUGGUAGCUACCGUCGCUGUUCCUGUCUAUUUUCUUGGCCAUCCCCGGCAGAAAAUAGCCAUAGCCUUUGCGUCAUGUGGCACAGGAGUCGGGACGUUCGUAUUCUCUCCAAUUAUACAACAGCUAGACUCUGCAUAUGGUUCAAAAGGCUUGUUCCUUGUUCUUGCAGGAGUCGCUCUACAGUUCUGUAGUAUUGGACUUAUCUUUCGACCAGUAUCUUCCAAGAAUAACGAAAAGUGUGAAAAAUUUGUCGCAACAUGGCAUUUUCUGAAGAAUCCAGGGUUUUAUGUGACUCAUUUUGGAUUCUUCCUAGCUGGGUUUGGAGAUUCAGUUAUUUAUGGUCACCUUGGCGAAUAUGCUGAAACUUUGGGAAUCUCCACCGACAAAGGAGCGUAUCUUUAUUCCAUUAUCGGAAUCUCAGUAAUGAUUGUCAAGUUACUGCAAGGUGCUGCUUUGGAUGCCAAAGUGUCAACGUCAUUGCCGAUAAAGCUAGGCAUGAUUUUCUUCCUUGUGGGAGGUGUCUCUACCUCUUUUCUGCUGUUUUCAGAUGAGUACUUCGUGCUGAUAAUCUACGCAGCUGUUUUUGGUGCGAGCACAGCAGCAACAGGAGGUGCUAUUGUUGUUGGUAUUUUGGAAACAUAUUAUGGGCAUGAAAAUCUGGAAUUGACUUUAGGAAUGAAUUUAGCCUUUUUUGGAGUAGGAAAUCUUCUCGGUGCUCCAUUGGCAGGUUCAUUAUUCGAGGUCCAGGACUCCUAUACCCCUGUAAUGAUUAUGGUCUGUGUUACAAAGAUCACGAGUAGCUUCCUGUUAUUACUGGUUUACAUCUUCAGUCCACAAGUACACAGUGUUCUACAGAUAAAAAUAUGCAGUCCGGAAGAGGAAGGAAGCGAAAAACUAAAUAAGGAAGGAUUCCCGAACAUGUGUAUGGAAAAUGAAAAGACGCCUUUAUUACAAGGGGAGAAUCACUCUGAUUUUUUCAAUGUCGCAAAAGAAAUCACAGAUAGCGAACUGGAGCUCGACACAAGCACACUACGAGGUUCUUAAUCAACUUCAAGUUGCAGAACCUGUUCUGUGAUAAGGAGUUGUUGCAAUACUGAAAUUUUUUUCAGUAUUUUCUCAUUCACAGUACAUUUACAUUAAAUGUACAUAUUGUUUUGCUUUGAAAUAAAUUUUUUGAAAUUCUCCUAAA